GGUAUCUAGAGCCGGCUGCCCUUUUUAGAAUCCCCCUGUUGCAGUCGGGAUAGAAAAGAAAAGGCCCAGUUUACCAGGAGGCUAAAUAGAUUGUUCCCUCUUAGGCAAAUGUUCCACCUGCUUGGCCAAUUAGCUUCCUCUCCCGAAAGACUCGUUCAACAGGUUUCCUUUCUCUCUUCUCUGCCUCCUGGGUUGGGGAAAGGGGCUGUCACUUCGCUUCGACCCUCCCCUUCCCUCCCUCCCGGCUCUUCCACACUGGGUCGGACCAAUCGCGCCGGCUCCGACGUGUCCAGGUCCGCUGCCCGGGAGCUCGUGCGGCCCGGCCUGGAUGCGCGGGGCGGAGGCUGCAGGGCAGGAGGGCACGGCGCGGCUCGCUCGGCCUGCGCCCCGGGACCUAGAAGCCGGGACGAGCCGGGAACAGCCGGGCGCGCGGAGGUCUGAAGGUGCCCUCCAGACACGGCCCCGAUGACCGAACUACAGCAAGAUGUGGAAGACACAAAGCCUGCGAAAGUGCUCGGGAAGAGGGAGAGCAAAGUUGGCUCAGCCCACUCAGAGGCUGAGAAUGGUGUGGAAGAGAAAAAGAAAGCCUGCAAGUCGCCGACAGUCCAGUCCCCUACCCUAUCUCCGGAGGCCGACUCCCCAGACCAGAAGAAAAUCAUUAGCCUACGGUCAAAAUCCAGUUUUGAUGGUGCCUCUUUAGCAGGUGAUAAGAACGACUGUAAAACAGAAAGCAAAAAUGACCCUAAGACUGAAAGGAAAAAGUCUUCCUCUUCCAGCCAGUACAAGGCCAAUAUGCACUUUCACAAGUUGUUUCUUAAUGUUCCAACGGAGGAACCACUGAGGCAAAGCUUCACCUGUGCACUACAGAAAGAAAUUCUAUACCAAGGAAAGCUCUUUGUAUCAGAAAACUGGAUUUGUUUUCAUUCCAAGGUCUUUGGAAAAGACACAAAGAUCUCUAUUCCAGCUUUCUCAGUAACCCUAAUAAAGAAAACCAAAACUGCUCUUCUAGUGCCAAAUGCCCUGAUCAUAGCAACGGUCACAGACAGGUACAUAUUUGUCUCUUUACUCUCCAGAGAUUCAACUUACAAACUACUAAGAUCUGUAUGUGGACACUUAGAAAAUACAAGUGUUGGUAACAGUCCCAAUCCAUCUUCUGCUGAAAACAGUUUCCGAGCAGACUGCCCUUCGUCUCUGCCUCUGGAUUUCAAUGACGAAUUCUCAGAUCUGGAUGGAGUGGUUCAACAAAGAAGGCAAGACAUGGAAGGAUACAGCAGUUCUGGUUCUCAGACUCCUGAAUCUGAGAACUCCCGAGAUUUCCAUGUGACAGAAUCCCAAACAGUUCUGAAUGUCUCCAAGGGAGAAGCAAAGCCAACUCGGGCAGAUGCCCAUGUGAACAGAGUACCUGAAGGAAAAGCCAAGAGUCUCCCUGCACAUGGUCAGUCAGAAACUGUUGGAAUCUUACAUAAAGUCAAGUCUCAGAAAUGUCUGAUGCUUCACCAUAUUCUUAUUUUCUACGCAAUUGUUGUCUGCGCACUCAUCAUCUCGACCUUCUACAUGAGAUAUAGAAUUAAUACUCUGGAGGAGCGGUUGGGGCUGCUAACCUCCAUUGUGGACACCCAUAAUACUGAACAGACAGCACCAUCCGGCCUGAGGUCACAAGUACAAUUCAAUGUGGAGGUUCUCUGUCAAGAGCUUACAGCUAACAUAGUGAAAUUAGAAAAGAUACAGAACAACUUACAGAAGCUGCUUGAGAAUGGUGACUGACUGACCAGGUUGCUUGAGCCAUCGGAAUACCUCAUGUUUCCCUUUGAAGAAGGUGCAUCCCGAGGCAUUUUGUUUGAGCGCACUCUGCUGGUCAGAGGCGCAAAUGGAUGAGAAUCCAGACAUUGCAUGUGGAGGUCUCCAGCUCAGAAAACAGGGGAGGGAAAUAAUUAUGGUUCUUGUGCAAUAAAAGUUGACCUUGCCUCUCUGA